ACACACAACCAUCCAAAGCGAAUAUUACGGUAUCGUGAAAAAAAGUUCCAGAUCCACGAUUCCAUUGCCCCACUGCGCGAAACGAAACGAUACGACGACGUCUCUCUCAUCGUUCGAUUCGCGAUUAUCGUUGCCUGUGAUUGGUCGAAACCGUUCGAGGAACGAUUCUCUCGCAUCGAGAUGUAUCGACUCUCAGAGAUAUGGCGAGGCGCGUGUUCAAUGGCGCGUGUUUCGCGGCGUGUUGCGCUCGUUAAAAAAAGGAUCGGACGAAUUUAGCACGGCGGUUAUAAAGAGCGACCGACUAAGAAAAGAUCGGUAGUGUGCAACAAGUAUUCGAGAAUUCGAGCAUGACAGUGUCGUGGAUGGUGUUGUUUCGUUCGCGGAUGCAUCCAUGUUACCGAUAUCGCACGUUCACCUUCCUUCCCACGUUUUAUCGAUCGAUGUGAAAGAUUGUACAAAGUGUGUGUUCUUGCUCGAAUGUAAAUACCCUUCGCGCCUGUCAACUAUACUUUUUCCCUGCACGUAGAAGAAACCUGCAUUAACCACUUAACCGUUACUCAACUCGUUGUAACGUUGUUCGAUAACAACGCGCAAUAAGUGGAAUAUGAAAUAGAACGAUGCUUUCCCUUCACCGCUAACGAAGUAAUAAAACGUAUCUUUUUAACGCUUAUAUUUGGCAACGAUGUAACUGCCGCAACUCUGAACGUGAUUGGUCAACAUAACCGUUGAAAACACUCGCUUUGAAACGCGAAUUGAAUUUAACGCGAGAAACGAUUGAUUUCAGAAGCCUCGCUUGUUCCACGGUAGGUCUUAGAGGAUGCACAAGCUAGCCAAGGGCCUGAAGAAGAAGAAAAAGCAGAAGAAGGGUAAGAAGGGAGCGGAGGAGGACGAGUUCGACCCGGAGGAGCUCGAGCGUUAUAGGCGCGAGCGGGCGGAGGCCCAGCAGAAAGCCGAGGAUUCCGGCGAGCAGGCCAGCAACGCUUCCUCCGACGAGUGGAAGAAGUUCGAGGCGUUGACCGCCGGCGUCGACUCGAUCCUCAAGAAGACCCAGGGCGACCUCGACCGGAUCAAAUCCACCUCGUUCUUCCAACGGAAGCCCCCCCUAGACGAGGACAGGAAGAAGGAGGGGGAGGAGGGGGAGAAGGAUCAAGAAGAUCCCGGAAAGAAGAAGUCCUCCUCCUCGAGGAAGUGGGUGGGCUUCGACGAGGAGGGGAAUCCUAUCGAGGGGGAACCCCCCGAUUUCGGGGGGAAGAAGAGGAAGGAGGAGGGGCCGCUGGUGAACGAGGACGGUUUCGUGGACGUGCCGGAGGACGAGGAUGGGCACGAGGACUCGGCCGAUGAGGACAUCUUCGACACCGCUUACGUCGACGUCCUCCAGAAUAUCGACGUCCAACUAGCCUACAUACCUGACAGCCCCGUCGAGGAGGAGGCAGGAGACGACCCGUUCGACACGACGAGCGCCGACAAGGUUCUUAAAACGGUCGACAAGAAGGGGAACAAAUUGGUCAGCCUAGGAAACGCGGUCGAGGUUCUGUCGGGCAGAAUCGAUUACGUGAGCUCGUGCAAGAUAUCGAAGAGCGGCAGACGACCGAGGCUUCAGCAAGACUUGUUGUUGGACGACUUCGACAGCGAGGACAGCGCCGGAAGGCAAACGGCGGUGGAAAGCGGCGAAUCAGCGCCGCUCGCCGCUGAACCGGUCCAAUCGGAGAAGACUCUGCUCGACGACGACAGCGACCUCCCACCCAUAGAUAUACCCAUCGAUCUAGCCAAACUCCCCCCCACCGUACUCCCGACACCGGCGAGCCCAGCCGUCGGCGGGGAGGUGAGGAAGGACGGGCCCCUCGACAUCUCCGAGUUCGAGGUUUUGAAGGAGAAGACCAUCUUGGAAGAGAUACCCGACUUGGACGAAGCCGAGUUCGAAUUGAACGGUUGCGCGGCCACCGAUGAGGAGCCGGUGCGACUCGAGGAGGCGGAGGACCCGUUCGGCGCCAAGGAGCCGGAGAUCGUGAACUAUCAAUCGGAGAUCAUAGAGGCGAGCUUCGAGGCGGCCACCUUCGUCGACGAGGAGGACCCGUUCGACACGACGUUCGCCGACAACAUUCUGCCCGGUAAGACGGAAUUGAAGUUCAUCGAGAAGGAGUUGGACGAGCUGCCCGUGUCCGAGGUUACGAUAUCGUUGACAGACCCGGCCGGGUUGAACCGGGACUACGAGACAGGUUUGUUGAAGGAGGUCGAGAGGGCAGUCGCGAGCGACAAGAGGGACCUCUUAGGCGGGUCGACGACCGACUUGAGCCGGCUCGCGGACGAGCCCAUUGCUCCCCUCGAGGACAUCUCGAGCUACGUGGAUCCGUUCGACACAUCGUCCGUGAAAGAGAUACCGCCAGGUAAGACCGAGUUGAAGUUCCUCGAGAAGGAGUUGCUCGGCGAGAAGCAAGAGAGCUCCCUGGACGACGAGGACUUCGACCCGAGAAGGGGAGAGGAACAACAGCGGCUGUUUGGAACCGUCGAUUUUCAAGUAGAGGAAGAGAAGGAGGAGGAGGGGAAGGAGAGCGAGACCGGGAUCGUCGAUCGAAGAUCGUCGCGGCCCGAGGUGCUCGAAUUGGGUGUAUCGAAAGCGGUCGCGUUCGAGCUGCCCACACCGUCCAAACGGCCCGAUCUGCUCGCGACCACCGAGGAGGAGAAAGCGUUGCCCUCGAAGCCGCUCACUCCCUAUUACACGCAAAAAUCGAUCGAGGAUUACCUGCCUGGCGAGGAGGAACAAGAGGAGGAGGCGGCCGAUGUCGAUCCGUUCGACACGAGUUUCGUAGCCAAGGUAGCGCCGGGUAAGACCGAGCUCAAGUUGAUCGAAUCGGAAUUGUUGAGGCAGCAAGAUCAUCCGUCGUCCACGAGGCUGCCCCACAGCUUGAGCGACCACGAGUUCGAUCCACGUGCCGAGGGAGAACCUGUCAGAAGGCAGAGCGAUUUCACGAUAAGGCCCAACGAUCUAAGGAUAAAUGAAUUGCAAAAUUCCGUGUUGAAAAAGUUCGAGGAGGUGAAUAAUAAGCGAAGGGAAUUGGUCGAGAAGAGGCAGGAGAGUCUGUUGGACGAGAGUAUCGAGGUGGACGCGAAGCCUCUCACGCCCAGGAUCGAGACGAGGACCAUCGAGGAGGACGAGGAGAUCUCGUACCAGGAUCCAUUCGACACCUCGAUCGCAACGAAUAUACUACCCGGCAAGGCGGAACUGAAGAUUCUCGAGACCGAGUUGGAACAGAUCCCUGCCGAGAUACCCGUCGCUCGCCCCGUUCCGAUCGCCCUCACCGCAGUGAUCAACGCGACGGUUAUUCCAGAAGUCGAUCCCGACUUCGAUCCCAGAGCGGAGGAGAGGAAGGAUUUCUUGUGCAUCGACGACCAAGAUCCCGGCGCGAAAGUGUUGACCCCUUUGCAGAACGAGAGCUUUCCUUUGGGGGAGGACGUGGAUCCGUUCGACACGAGUUUCGCGAGUCUGGGGCCGGGCAAGACCGAGCUGAAACUGCUCGAGUCCGAAUUAAUGGAAAAACGCUUCCUUCAUUUUGGACUCGCUGGAUUUGAACGACGCUCGAAUCGAUUCAACAUGGAUUCGAAAGGAGGGAACCCGUUCUUGAUGGACGACUACGACGGGAUCGAGUCGAACGACAACAUGGCGGGCCAGGCGUCCAAUCCGUUCCUUCAAGAUUUCGGCGACGCUACGGGGACAUCUGGCGGCGGGGAGAAUCCGUUUCUGAAUUUCGGCGGGGACCAAUCGUAUCACCAAUCGUCUGCGAUCACCGUCGACUCGACGAAUCCCUUCGCCUCGUUCGCCACUGACACCAGCGCGCCUAGCACCGGUUUCGAGGCGGCGACCACCGACGCCACCACGGCCAAUAUAUUCUCGACCGAGGCGAAGAACAUAUUCGUGACGAGCGGCGAUGAGUCGAAUUUGUUCGACGCCCCGCUCUCCUCCCAUUCGUCGGAGGAGUUCUUCGGCCAGACGGCGCCACCACCGUCGCCGGCCACCGUGCAGCAACCGGCCCAGCAGCCCAAGAACGCGAGAGCGGCGCCCUCUAGGCCCCCUCCCCCCAGGCCGCAACCUCCUGCACCUCCCAAGAACACCAAAGACUUGAUCCUGUCCGUGACCGGUGCCAUGGAUGCUACUUCCAAUCAUCUUCUGGAUCGACUACAAGCAACCAGAACGCCCAGCCCAACUUUGAUGCACUCCCCGUCUCCGACACCGGAACACAGUUUCGCAGAUUUCUUGGACGUCGACUCGAACGUUCCGGACUUGAUGUCCGACGACAACAGCAAAGCGGUCGAGCUACCGAAGAAUCGGGACAUAUUGGAUUUGUUCGACGCGCCCAACACGGACACGACGACUACGACCAUAUUCUCCUCCUCCACGAUCGCCGAGGACACGAGUUCGGGAACAGGGGCGACCCUGAUCACCACUACGACCCAGGAGAAUCCAUUCGUCAGUAUCACUGAGCAACAAGCGUCUCCGGUCCAGCAGGCGGACGAGUUUCAAGAGACAGCGUCCGUGGCGAGCGAGAAGAGACCCUCGGUCUCGUCCACGACGGGUGCGGUGGGAAGCGACACCGAGAGGGCCGGCGUCGACAUGGAUCUGGCCGCGUCGGAGACGUUGCAGUCGUCGAGUAACGAAUUGUUCUCGACCACCGAACAAUUGUCCACGUCCGUGACCGAGUCCACCUUCUUCUCCGUCGCGGACACCGCGAUCGCGCCAUUUUCCACGCCCAUGCAAACGUCCGCCGCGCAGUCGCUGUUCACGACCACGGAGAUCAACUCCUCCCAACCCGGCGGACCCUUCGCCUCCGACCUGCUCGGUGAUUUUGGCGAGCCAAUCACGACGGAUACCGCGAGGUCGACCAGCCCGACACCUGGCGCCGAAUUUCCUGCCAACGAGGCGUACAAGCCCGAAGAACAAUUGGACAAUCUAGCAGCUAGCACGCAGAAGACGGCGGAGAGCGGUGGGGAUGCUUUCGAUAUUUUCGCGUCGAAGUUUGACAAGGCUGCGGAACAGGAGACCAACGCGGGUGAUCCUUUCCUGGAUGCUUUCGGCGGUGGGCCGACCGCCAUGGACACGUCCAGCGAUGUUUGGGGCGAUUCCUCUGCAACGGGGUCGGAGACAGCGGUGACGGGAUUCGGGGAAAGCGACGGGUUCGACUCGUUCUUGAGCAUGACUGCACCUCCUCCUGAACCGAGUGUAAAGAGAACCGAGUCUGUAGAUUCGGAUGCGGGACCAGAUUUCAGCGUGUUCAUCAAACCGAAAGAGGGUGAUCAAUCUGGAAUCGAAGGUGGAGCUGUCCCUGUGCUGGCACCACCGCCGAAGAGUCCUCAGAAUACCGCAUACGUCGACACCUCGCCACGUUUCAACCCAUUCGACAAAUCUGGAUCCGCGCAAGACGCCAUUCCUACCACGGAAACUGUUCAACCAGAAAUCACUAGGACAGAUUCUCAGGAAACUCCUCCGACACCUCUGUUCGAUGAAGAUGUUAGUCAACCUCUGGAAGACUUCCCAAGGGUAACGUACACUGGUGACGGUUGGGAUAUGCACCUACGCCAGCCUAACAAGAAAAAGAUAACCGGUCAACGAUUCUGGAAGAAAAUUUUCGUCAAGUUGGUUUAUCAAGGCGACAAUCCUGUGCUCCAAUUGUUCAACAGCAGAGAGGAUAAGGAUCCCUUCCAAGAAUUGCCCCUGGUUCCUUCUUAUUCGGUUUCUGAUAUCGGGGCGCAACAGUUUGACCAGUAUGGAAAAAUAUUUACGGUGAAGUUGCAAUACAUUUUCUACAAGGAACGACCCGGGGUACGGCCUGGCCAGGUAACCAAAGCGGAAAGAUUAACGAACAAGCUCAGUCAAUUUGCCGCGUACGCCAUUCAAGGUGAUUAUCAGGGGGUUAAGGAAUUUGGAAGCGACUUGAAGAAACUUGGUCUUCCUGUGGAACACGCGCCACAGAUUUCCGAACUGUUCAAACUUGGCUCCCAAUGCUACGAGGACAUGAAACAGUUCUCUUGCGCGAUCGAAGAAGCUCUGUUCAGAUUACCCGCUCAUCGAGAUCGAGCGCUUAAUUACAAGACGGAGGAUGUGCAGAUAACAGUCGUGGAUGAACUGUACGUGGAACAGAACGCGCAAGGCCAAGUUGAGAAACAGAUAGCUCGUGUCCGAUUGUUCUUCUUGGGCUUCCUUUCUGGAAUGCCCGACGUAGAGUUGGGGAUAAACGACAUGUGGCGUCAGGGAAAAGAAGUAGUAGGUAGACACGAUAUUAUUCCAGUGGUAACAGAGGAAUGGAUCCGGCUUGAAAACGUCGAAUUCCACUCUUGCGUUCAACAGGACGAGUAUGAAAAAUCUAGAAUCAUUAAGUUCAAGCCACCAGAUGCAUGUUAUAUCGAACUUAUGAGAUUUCGAGUAAGGCCUCCUAAAAACAGAGAGCUUCCUCUUCAACUUAAAGCUGUAAUGUGCAUUACCGGUAAUAAGGUAGAAUUGAGGGCCGAUAUUCUCGUGCCGGGUUUCGCGUCGAGAAAACUGGGCCAAGUACCCUGUGAAGACGUGAUGGUCCGUUUCCCUAUCCCAGAGUGUUGGAUAUAUUUGUUCAGGGUGGAAAAACACUUCAGAUACGGAUCUGUAAAAUCAGCCCAUAGAAGAACGGGAAAGAUCAAGGGUAUCGAAAGAUUUCUCGGCGCGGUCGAUAACUUAGAACCUCAACUGAUGGAGGUAACGUCGGGACAGGCAAAGUACGAGCAUCAACAUCGUGCCAUUGUGUGGAGAAUGCCCAGGUUACCGAAAGAAGGCCAAGGAGCGUACACGACUCACCAAUUGAUAUGUAGAAUGGCCCUAACCUCUUACGAUCAGAUCCCUGAGAACUUGGCCGAAUACUGUUACGUAGAAUUCACUAUGCCUGCAACCCAAGUAUCUCACACGACGGCAAGGAGCGUUAGCUUUCAGAAUCACGACAGUGAUAAUCCACCGGAGAAGUAUGUUAAGAAUUUGUCGCGACACGAGUACAGAGUUGGAAUCGAACACACGCAAGGCGAAGGACCAGGAGCGUACGUAUCGGCGACAUACACGAGAAAAAUUCCUGAAACGACGCCUGAAACGCAAGGCGAAGCGUCGGACGCUGGCGCGGAAUCUGACUCGGAUUCUUCCGAUUAAUUUCAAGUCGGUGGUAAGAUAACCUGUAACACGUACGAAAUUUAAGAAGAAUUACUUGUUAAUGAUAAUAAGAUGUAUACAGAAAGCAGAACGAUGCCUGUGACUGGACGCGUGGCGUUUUACGAGUCGCAGCGUAAGUCGAAUGGAUAAUUUCUACGCGAUCAAGCGCAACACGUUAUAGGGUUAAUUCGCGUGUAACCCUAUAAGAUAGGAAACGAAGAUAUAUAAGUAUUGAUAGUUCCGAACGCACAUCAGUAUUAAACGGUCAGAAUAAAUCGUUCGUGUUGGUGUUCACUUCAAGUUUUUUUUGGAUGGCUACGACCCGCGAAACGCCUGGCGUCACUGCGUGUUCAUGUAACGCAUAGCAGUUAAAUGAAAUGUACGUAUGAAAUGAAGUAAUUUGUAAGGGAGGACAAUACCGAUUUUACGUUCAGUUUAGCUUGCUAAGUAGUAAUACGCACUCGCGGUGAAGAGCUUUGCCUUUGCUCAAGUUGCGCGUUUCAAAGACGAAUCAACGAUUUUUAGCCGUUUUUAAAAUUCAGUAAUCGCUCACUCGUUACGCUCGUUAAAUUACUCGUUAAAUUAUAUUACAUUACAUUGUUUAAUUCUACAUUUUUGUCAAAUAAGAAUUGCUUAUGCGUAAAUGUUUGUUCGUUUUAUCUUAAUUAUAUUAUUUUUUUCUUGAAUUCCAUCAUCAGUGUAUUUAAAAUGUUUAAUUAGUUUAACGACUGUCGUAUCAACACGAUGAUCAGAGGACAAUAGUUGUUAAUUAAGAAAGUCGUUAUAAUUCGGAGAAACGUGCAGCGCAUAUCUUAUCGUUUAAGCUUGCAGAUGAUCUAUAUCGAAUGUUAUCUAGUCGUUUCCAAAAAAUGUAGUUUAUCCUGAAUAAUCGUCGGUUAUUAGAAAUGUAAGUAAAUAAUAAUAAUGAAAUAGGGGUAUCGAGAAUUUUGCCAGGCAAAGGGCGAACAUAUAAUUUGUAUAAUAUUAAUGCGAGCAUGGGAGACUGCAAUUAAUCUAGUUUUUAAUAAUAUUUUGUUCUUGUGCGCGAUUAAAGGUGCAAGAAUAUGUUCAAACGCUUUGCGACUCGAUAUAUUAUAACGUGUUAUAGAUAUAAGUUUACGUUUCAUUUUCUUUUAUUUACAAAAAAAAAAAAAAGAAAUGACCGUAUUAACAAUGGCUAAU